AUGGCAGGAUUUGUAAAUUUCGCCGGGCUUUGGAAGCCAUUGGGUAUAAUCUCUCUUCUGGACGAAGCUUGUAUGUUUCCUAAAUCAACAAAUGAGUCAUUUACAACAAAGCUUUUUCAAAGCUUCCGUAAUCAUUCAAGAUUGGAAAAACCAAAAUUUUCAGAGACAGAUUUUACAGUUUCCCAUUAUGCUGGAAAGGUUACUUAUCAAACAGAUACAUUUUUAGAUAAAAAUCGAGACUAUGUUGUUGCGGAACAUCGCAGUUUGCUUUCUUCCUCCAAAUGUCAUUUAAUUUCUGGGCUUUUUGCGUCAUUUUCGGAGGAUGCUUUAAGAUCAUCAUAUAAAUUUUCUUCUGUCGCUUCAAGAUUUAAG